AUGGAUCCACUUUCAACAUCACCAACGGAAGACAUUAUCAUAACUUAUGGUAGUAGUAGCCCUAUUAGUAAUGUUCCUUUACGAGACACACGUCGCAUAGUUAUGGCACAUACUCGAAAUUCCUCCCUUCCCAUUUCAUAUUUUAACUCAAAUUCGACAGAAUCUCAUCAUACUCUUCGUCGUGUACAUAGUUCAAGACAACUAUUAAGAAAUUCUUCAGGAAGUAGCAGAAAUUCAGAGAGUGUAAUAACGGAAGAAUCAGAUAAUUAUAGUAAUAGUAAUAGUAAUUUUGAAAUGCAAAACUUAAUAAAUACUGUUAACUCGGCCAUAGAUGAAUAUGUUUCAUCUCCCACAACUUCUAAUGCGUUAUCUAAUGAUAAUGAUGAUUCUUCAAAACAAAAACAACCUGUUAGACUUCAAAAAACUAGAAGUACCACUUCAUCAUCUCUUAAAUCUUCACCUUCAAUUCGUUCAGUGCAUCAAUUCACUCAUAUCAAAAAAAAAAGGAUGUCAAGAACAAUUCAACAUAUUUCUUCAUUUUUACAAAUUGUCGUAAAUAUUUCUCCCACAAUUUCAUUCCCUAUAACUAUUGAAAAGACCUUUACAAUAGAAAGGUUAGCGAGACAGAUUGAAGCAGAAUAUGCAUUUAAAUUUUGCGGUAUAGAACAGGGUGGUUUAUAUGAGCCACUUGAAGUAGGGUUAUUGUAUGACGUCAGUAUGAUUGCAUUACGAUUUCGUGAUAUUGUAGGUGACGUUUUAGAACACAGAGAUGUUGUAAACGUACUCAAUAUCUAUGAAGGAUAUAAUAGACGUUCAAAUCAAAUGGAAGAUCUCGAAGUUGACAAUGGUAACGAAUUUAAUAAUUCUGGUUCGUUUAUAGAAAAAGAAUUUCCUUCAGAUACCAGUACUUUACCAUCAGAAUCUAUAACUGUUGAAAGAAGUUACAGUAUGUCGAACAUUGAUUUUCAAAAUAGACCUACAAGUUCCAGGCUUCCUCAAUUUAACUCGCUUUCUACAACUCCUCCAAACGGUUCAACAUCAUCUUUGCCUACUUUGUCACAAAUUCAGAAUGAGAGCCAGGCCUUAGAAGCAAGAUUUCAAGCUGUUUUAUCAAAUACCCUUGCGCUCGAUUAUUUCCAAAAAUUUGCUAUUAAGGAAUUCUCGGUUGAAAAUUUGUUAUUUUGGCUUGAAGUAGAACUCUUUGUUUCAGAAAUUUCUUGUGAAAUUGAAGACAAUUACUUUGAGGAUCAACAAACUGGUGUAAUUCAUGCGAGAUAUAUUUAUUUGACUUAUAUUAGUACAAAUUCUCCUUUGCAAGUGAACCUUAGUGAUGAAAUAAGAGGAGAUAUUACUUGGCCAAUAGAUGAUGAUGACAUUGUGGAAAGAAAUAUGUUUGAUGAAGCGCAAGCAGCUGUUUAUCAACUAAUGAAAGGUCAUACUUUUAUCAGAUUUGAGGAUAGCGUAGAAUGGGAACAAUGCGCAAGAAGAAAGGAAUUAGAACCUGAAGUAUAUCAAAAGUAUGAAAUGACACAACCUAUUGAACGUUAUUUCAAACCAAGUAUGUCACUUAUGCUUGCCGUCACGAUGGCUCUUGACCCUAGUAUAGAACAACCACCAGUAUCUCAUUAUUAUAAAGAGCAAACUCUUCAUUCUACUUUGUCGCAAUACUUCCCUGAAACGGUUCUCCUUGACAAUAAAGGAAAGAGAAGAGGACAAAAUAAUAACAAUGAAUUGGAUAAUUCAGGUUUGGAUGGAUAUUUCAAUAAUGAAAAUAGGCUAACGAAUGCACAAAGAAUGAAAAGAAUUAAAAAGGAUAGAAAAUUACAAUGGGUUUUCGGAGAGAAAGUUGAUGAGAUGGGUGAUCAAAUUACCGUUAUACCAGGUGAAACUCUAGAUGGUAGAGUAGAAUAUCGCGAUGAUGAUACGAAUAGUACUCUUUCAACUGUAUCUGAGAAUAAGAGAAUCGGAAAGGAUGUUUGGAAUAGAAAGAAGAAAGUUGAUAAAUUAGAAUCUAUAUUUGGCAAAGGGUUUAAAGAUUCUCAACUUUAUUCUCAAAAUAUACUUAAAGGGAAAGGAAAUUCUUUACCAGGAUCUCCAUAUAGUCCAUCAGGAACUUUCAGUUCUGAAACUCAUGAUUGUUCACAUUUGCAAACAAUGAAUGAAUUAAGUGCAAAGGAUAGGAGAAUGUUAUGGAAAAAGAGUAAGAAAUUACAAGUAAUGCUUGGAGAAGCAUUAGAUGAAGAUAUGAUACGACAAGCUUUAACACUUCCAGUCAUUCAAUCAACUCCAAAUAAUUCUCCAUAUAAUGAAAGAUUUAAUAUUAAUAGAUCAAUGACGAAUGACAGCAAUCUUGUGCAUAGCAAUAGUACAGGAAGUAAUAAAUUAACUCGAAGAAAACGGAUUAGUCGUCGUGCAUCUGAUUCGUUAGUUUCACCAAUUUCACCAAAUUCACCAGUUUCACCACAAACUCCAGAUUCAACAACUUCCAGUAUCAUGUUGUCACCCAUAAUGACACCACCGGAAAGUCCUCCUGUUUCACCUGAUAAAAGAUCAAGCAAUAGUACUACUUUGUCUUACUCGCAUACAAUCAAGGGGGUGCCUUCGGUUAAUCCAGAUACCGUUCCAUUUCUUCUGGUUAACAAAGACUCAAAGGAGUAUCGACGUAAAAAAUUGCAAAAACUUCAUCAAUUCUUGGGUGAAAAAGUUCCAGUGAAUGUUAUAUUGGGCGAAGACGAUUGUGAUUUCGAAUCUUUACCACCUAUAUCAGCUUCACCGCAAUCAAGAUCAAAGAACAAAAAACGACCUAAUUCAUUAAUCUUUAACAAAAAGGGUUCUAAAGAUUAUUCUUUUGUCGUACCAAACACACCGAGUACACCGAGUACACCAGUAAUACCUAGUCAACCUGAUACUCCUUUUACAAAAUUAUCGGCAAUCGAUAGGAAACGUCAUCUUCACAGAGCUGUCAAAUUACAAAAAAUGUUUGGCGAAACCCCUCCACAAAAUUUAAUUUUGUCACAGCCCAAGUACACUUUAGAUAAUUCAUCGGAACUUUCACCGAGUUCAAGCAUUGACCUUCAUCGUCAAAGUAUCAUAUCUCUUGAAUAUUUAAUGGAAAAUGAUAAAGAAGCAAUGUACGAACUUAUUGAUUAUAUGACAUAUAGUGAUGAUGGAGAAGCACAAGAUGAUAUUGAUAAUUAUUGUCAAAGAAAUACCGCAUUAUCAGCACCUUCAACACCUUAUGCUUUACCCUCUCAACAUAAUAAACCACAAAAACAAACAAAAUUAAAAGGGAUACGCAAAUUAUCACAUUUUUUCGGUGCCACAUAUGGACAAAUGUUUCCAGAUCAAGUUUUAGGAGAACUAUUAGUAGAUAUUGAACGAGAAAUUAGAGAAGAAGCAAAACAGAAUGAACAAUUGGAUAAAUCUGUAGUGGCAGGAUUAAUGGGGCAAUUAGAAGAAUUAAGAGCGAAAACUGGUGAAUAUGGACCUGAUUUCGGUGAUGAAGGUUGUACUACUGAAGGUUCAGCUGUAACAGAUGACGAAUAUUCAUUGGAAGGAUUGCGUAAAGUGGAUCGUAAAGCUAGUUAUAUAAACUCUGAUAGCGAAAGAAUGUUGCUAAGACCAAGAUAA